GUUACAGCCAAUGAGCUUUCCUUUUGUUUGAAUCCCUAUAAAUUGGCAUACCCUUCCACAGAUCUUCACCAACUCUUCCGGUUUAUCAAACUGAACUCUCUUACAGCUAAAUUAAUUUAACCAAAUUACUUAACGAUGGGUAUGAAUGCGGAUUCGGACGGCGGUUUUGGGUUCGCUUACAACAACGUUAAGUUCUCCGACCGUCUUCUUCGGAUCGAGAUCACUCGUGGUGGCGAUGUUGAGUGUUCCAGUAUCGUCGAUUGGGUUAGAGAUCGCAAACGCAGAAGAGAAGACGCCCAAAAUGAGACUCAUGAAUUUGGGAUAUGAUAUUUCAGUGUUGGAUCUUGCUACAUCUCAAGUGGAGUUUGAGUUAAACAAGAACUCAUGUGAGAGGAAUGAUGAGAACCACAACAACAAACAUGGAGAAGCAACAAUGGUAACGACAAAACAUGAAUCCGAAUCAGGUGGUGAAGUUGGUACUGAGUAUCAUUCCUUGGGUAUGGCGACUAAUACUUCAGUUCUUAGAGCUACAGAAUUACAUAUAAGCUCUCUGCUAUUGGCAGCCAAAAGCCCUUUUUUCCACAAGAUGUUCUCUAAUGGAAUGCUUGAGUCGGAGCAAAAACACGUGACCUUGCAAAUAGAUGUUUCUGAGGAAGCUGCAGUAAUGGAGCUCUUGAAGUUCAUGUAUAGCAAUUCACUAACAGUGACGACGACCCCUGCUUUGCUCGAUGUUCUAAUGGCCGCAGACAAGUUUGAGGUAGCUUCGUGUAUGAAGCAUUGUAGCCAUUUGUUGCUGAAUAUGCCAAUGACAUUAGACUCUGCAUUGCUUCUUCUUGAUCUUCCUUCUACUCUGCUAAUAGCUGAUUCCGUAAAGCCUCUGACAAAUGCCGCAAAGCAAUUCAUCGCCUUGCGCUACAAGGAUAUAACAAAGUUUCCAAUGAGUGAGGUGAUGGCUUUACCGUUACUAGGUUUCAAGGCAAUACUAGCGAGCAACGAUCUAAUGGUUCCGUCUGAAAACAUUGUAUACGAAGCUGUCUUGAAAUGGUUAAGAUCACAUUACUCAGAUGUAAAAGAACGCAGCGAGAUCAUGGAUACACAUCUCGCUCGCUUCAUCCGUUUCCCUCACAUGUCAUCCCUCAGGCUCAAGAAAAUCUUGACCUCAGACGACUUCAAACCUAAGAUCGUAUCGAAACUAGUCGUUGAAGCUCUCCUCCACAAGAUAGAACCGCGGCACCAUCGAUACAGUUCAGCCACUGAACAACCCACCCCCCUAAAGGACCGGUUUGUUAAACGAGACUACACAUUAAGACUCAUCAAGAUUGUGGAAUUCAAGGUUCCUCGCCAACAAUGCAUCGUUUACUUGGACUUGCAACGCAAAGAAUGCGCGGCCAUGUAUCCGUCAGGGCGGGUGUUUUCUCAACCGUUUGACUUAGGAGGACAAGAGUUCUUUCUCUCGGGUCAUUGCAAGCUGGACCAGAUGAAUCUGUUUCACUGUUUUGGAUUGUUUCUUGGGAUGCAAGAAAAAGGACCGGCGAAUAUGAUUGUGGACUACGAGUUCUCAGCGAGGUCGAAGCCAACAGAUGAGUUUGCCUUUAAAUACAAAGGAAACUUUAAGUUCGACGCAGGUAUAGGUGUUGGUACCACGAACUUGUUUUCGACAUCAUGGGAUAGUUUCAUUGCUACGGAUAGUCCCUAUUUCAUCAACGACGUCCUUCAUCUCCGAGCCCAGCUCACCAUCCGUCCCUAGAAUCAACCAUAUCUUUUGAUUUUGUUAAAUGCAGCCUUUUUUUCUUCUUCUCCUUCUUCUUAAGGUAAUAGUAUUCAAAAACCACAAGUAGUUAGCUUGUGUGCGUCUGAAGCAACCAUGAUAUCUACACUAGUAGCAUAUGAUGAUGUAAAAGUGCAUGUUUUGACCAUCUUCGUCUGUAGAAUUGGGGUCAAUUUUUAAGUAUGUGCCUUUCCUUAAAACUAAUUUGUUUCAAUGCCCU